CUUCGGAGUGGAUGUAAGCUAACAGCUACAAAACAAUCACUGUCUUCCAGUUAAGUAGGUUUUUGUUUAUUUUAACCGUGUUUUUUUUUCAGUUACGAACACAUUCAGACGCAGUCAACUCUCCGAUAGACGACCAACACAUCUGGUUUCUGUGAACUUUUAGCUCUGAAAUAAUUAAAUUAGCCCAAUUUAGUACUUUGAGCUAACGUUAGCUUAGUGUUGCCCAGAGCCCCGUUGCUGUGUUUCCUGUUAAGGAGAUGGAUGGUUAUCCCGGAGUCAUCGUCGGCGAUUCUACAAAACAUCAAGAGAGACAUUACUACCUGUUAUCUGAGCUGCAAACCUUAGUCAAAGAUCUACCAAGCUCCUUCCAGCAGCGCCUGUCCUACAGCACGCUGGGUGACCUGGCUCUAGCACUCAUAGAUGGGACUGUCUAUGAGAUUGUGCAGGGGCUGCUGGAUAUUCAGCACCUGACAGAGAAGAAUCUGUACAACCAGAGACAAAAGCUGCACUGUGAACACCAAGCACUCAAACAAGAUCUUGUACGAAAACACAAAGAUGCCCUGCAGUCAUGCAAGUCUCACAACCUUGCGCUUCUCAAAUCCAACCAGCAAGCAGAACUAGAGGCUCUGGAAAUUCGUGUGCGGGAGGAGCAAAGAAUGAUGGAUAAGAAGAUUGUAGCAGAAAUGGAUCAAAAAGUGAUAGACCAGCAGAACACCUUGGAGAAAGCGGGAGUCCCUGGAUUUUAUAUCACCACUAAUCCUCAGGAGCUGACGAUGCAGAUGAACCUACUUGAAUUGAUCCUCAAGCUUCAACAGAAGGAGUCACAAUCUGGAGUCCUUUGAGAAUGAGGCCUCGUAGUGCCAGAAGAGGGGAAAACAACCACUCAGUGCCCACAGACUGUGUAUGCUCACAGUCCAGUAAUUGUGAGAUGCAUCAUUAACAGUCAAAGUGUGGCACUUGACAUCUGUUGUUAUUGGUGUAAUAUUCACCAUUAAAACAUGCAGGAGAAGGCCGGUUCUCGAGUUCAUAAGUAAGAUGUUUCCAGUCCUGGAAGAGAGCCUCGACAGAUCGUGACUACAAAGUUAUAAAGCACUUAACUGUCACUCAUUGUGAAAUUAGAAAGUUGAUGUGUUGUGGAUCUUUUAGUACUGAGAGCGCAGACUCUGCAAGAAAUUAAAUAGUAAAGGGUGAAGAUGUUGCUUCAGGACACGGAGAUGGCUGUAAGUGGGAUUACUGUCGUGGUCUUCCUGCAGUGAGAUGGUCUCUCCGUGAUGCCUUUGCCUGAAGUGUCAGUUCCAGUGUUCAGGCUCUGUUUUUAACACUUUAUUGUUAAUUUAUUUCAACAGUAAUGUAAUACAUUUCCCACUUUUUCUUUUCAUAUUUUUGCUACUUUGUUGUGAAUCGUGUAUUUUUCUGUUCAGUUUGUUGUACAUGUGUAUCAGGGGUGCACGUUAGAUCUUGAGCUAACCCCUUCACAAUUACAUUGAUAUUUUUAAAAUGCCAGUGUUGGUUGAUGUUUACAGUUCCACAUAAAUAAACAAAUCAGCAACACUGAACCAUUGAAUUACUGACAGGAUCAAAACCAGUAUGGACAGAAGCAUUAAAUCUUUGUAUGGGUUGAUUUUUCAAUUACAUCACUUUUUUUUGUAAAACAAAUGCUUUGAAAGUGUCAAAAUGUCUUUGUCUUUUGUAAAUGGUUAAACAAAACUGAGCUCUGUUAACAUUGCUGUAAAUCUCUCCCAGUUUAGUAUUUUCUGUAGCACUGUAUUAGAAAUGAGUUUACUGGAAGGCUGCCACUGCUCAUCACCCCAUGUAGAGCUGGUUAAAACAUGCACCUGUUCAUUCAUUGAGUAACACUGGUACACCCAGGCCUGUUCUGUGUUAAACCGAUAUGGAUAUGAUCAUAUAUUUGUUUGUUUAAUCCCACAUCCCACCUGGACUAUAAUUUCUUUUUGUUGACAUCUUUACAUCAGGUGAACUAUAGGGCAUCCAGAAUGCUGCUGCCAAGUCUUUGGCCAGGUCCCAACAACAGAUCUCAUAUUGCAUCCAUCUUCUUCCUACUAGCUACUGACCAAAUUUAAGAUUUUUAUGACCACAUAUAAAGUCUCCAUAGUCAGGCACUUGACUGUACUGUAAAGUUACUGUGCCCCAUAUUUCUGGGUGGCCUCUUUGUUCCUCUGCAGGCCCUUGAAAGCUGCCUACUGGAAUAUAAACAAAAACGUGCUUGCCUUCAGGGGCAUAAAUAUAGCCUGCACUGGGGUCCAGAACAGAGAGCAGACCCUUGCAAGUGAAUCAUAUUGCCACCUCAGAACUUACAUCCUCGUUUUAAGGAGGAGUCAUGUUAAACUAAUUUGAUGCAAUUUGCUGCUCCC